CUAAGCGACCGAUAGAUCCCUCCCCCCCAUCGAAAUCCCGCCCUCUGAUUGGCUGCGGGGCGCCGCCAUGGGGGACGGAGAGGAGCCUCCGCUUCUGAGCCGAAGCGAGGCCUUGUCCUUAUCGAGCGGAACCGGAAACCGGAACCGGGCCGGGAAACGGAACAAGGCCGCGGGGCCAAGAUGGCGGCACGCCUGUCAUGUCCUCCUAUACGCCCCUCUGCCCACCGGAAGUCCACAGCCUCCAUUCGCCAUCUUGAUGCAGCUCCGUUUCGACGGGCUGUUCGGUUUCCCCGGUGGGUUCGUGGAUCUCCGGAAGGAAUCGCUUGAAGCCGGAUUGAGCCGGGAGCUACGGGAGGAGCUGGGCCCGGCGGCGGCGGGGAUCGAACUGCGGCCAUGUCACCACCGGGGAGCUAAGGCCUGGACCGGAAGCGGAAGGAAGAAGAGCGGAAGUGACGUAGGGCGGCUGAGCUCGGAGGACCAAGUAGGCGCCGAGGCUCAACCCGGAAGCGGAAGGAAGGAGCAAAGCGGAAGUGACGUCGGCGUGGUGACGCAUUUCUACAUCCGGCGUGUGAGCUUGGAGGAGCUGGGGGAGAUCGAGAGGGGGGAGAAGGAGGCGCCGGAACACGGACUGGAGGUGCAGGGAUUGAUUCGGGUUCCUUUGGGGGGGGGGCUGCCCACCUUCCUCCAGCAAGGCUUCAUCGGUGACGCCCGCGCUCAGCUACUGGGGGCCCUACAUGAUAUGGGGUGGGACCCCCCCCAGGAUAUGGGAUCGAGGAACCCUCCCCAUGAUAUGGGAUUGAGUGACCCCCCCCCAUGAUAUGGGAUGGGACACCCCCCCAUAUGGGAUCGAGGGAGCCCCCCCAUGAUAUGGGAUGGGGGACCCCCCCAUGAUAUGGGAUUGAGUGACCCCCCCAAUGAUAAUGGGAUGGGACCCCCCCCCCACCAAUAACCGGACCCCCCCUGGAUCUGAAGGGGGGGGAAGAAACAUGAAUGGCUGUGAAUGGAUUGAAGUGAACCCCCCCCCCAAAUAAACCCAAUAACAUUAAAGAA